UUUGUUCCUCCUCCUACUUGGCUGGGGUGUCUGAGCCAGUGGGGAAUUAACUCUCUCUCUCUCUCUCUCUCUCUCUCUCUCUCUCCUCUCCCCUCUCUCUGCAUUAUGAACCCCCAGAGCUGUCCUUCCUUGUUUACUUAUUUAGAAGUCAGCAGAGGAAGUGGUAAAGGAAACUAGCUGAGUCGUUUUCUGAGAAGAGACCAUAUUUGUUCACAGGGGAAGCCGCUGCUUUUGGGGAUCUGGCUACAGCAGAAAAGAGUCCUCUUCAACAAGGGUGUUCCUGAGGGCAUCUGGGAAUCAGAAGAGCCAAGGACACCUCAGAGCUCUGGAUCUGGGCUUUUUCCCUGUUCAUGGCUGCAUCACCUCUCCUCGGUUUGUGAGCCUCUCCCUGUAGAGCAGCCAUGGCCUUGAAGAAUGUCCCGUUUCGCUCAGAGGUCCUAGCCUGGAGCACAGACAACCUUGCUGACUAUUUCAGGAAGCUGAACUACAGGGACUGUGAGAAGGCUGUGAAGAAAUACCACAUUGAUGGUGCUCGGUUUUUGAACCUGACAGAAAAUGACAUUCAGAAGUUUCCUAAGCUGAGGAUGCCACUUCUCAGUAAGUUGAGUCAAGAGAUCAACAAGAACGAAGAGAGAAGGAGCAUUUUCACACGCAAACCCCAGAUUCCACGGUUUCUUGAAGAGACAGAAAGCCACGAAGAAGACGAUGGUGGCUGGUCAUCCUUUGAAGAUGACUAUGAAAGUCCCAACGAUGAUGAUCCAGAUGGGGAGGACGAUGGUGACUAUGAGUCCCCUAAUGAGGAGGAACAGGCCCUGGUGGACGAUGCUGCUGACUAUGAGCCUCCACCCUCCAACAACGAGGAGGCUCUGCAGAGCUCCAUCCUGCCCCCCAACUCUUUCCACAACACCAACUCCAUGUACAUCGACCGACCUCCCACCGGCAAGGUCUCCCAGCAGCCUCCGGUGCCCCCGCUGAGACCAAAGCCUGCCCUCCCUCCCCUGCCAACAGGCCGGAAUCACUCGCCACUGUCUCCACCCCAUCCCAACAAUGAAGAGCCCAGCAGAAGUGGAAACAACAAGACAGCAAAGUUGCCCGCUCCAUCAAUAGACAGAAGCACAAAACCUCCCCUGGACCGCUCACUGGCCCCUCUUGACCGAGAGCCCUUCAUACCAGGAAAGAAACCACCAUUUUCUGAUAAGCCCUCGGCCCCAUUGGGAAGGGAGCAUUUACCCAAGAUACAAAAGCCUCCUUUGCCACCAGCCAUGGACAGACACGAAAGAAAUGAAAGACUCGGACCCGUGACAACGAGGAAGCCACCAGUUCCAAGGCAUGGAAGGGGACCAGACAGAAGAGAGAAUGAUGAAGAUGAUGUGCAUCAGAGACCUUUGCCACAGCCGUCACUACCUUCCAUGAGCUCCAACACGUUCCCUUCGAGAUCUGUCCAGCCCAGCUCCAAGAACACAUUCCCAUUGUCCCACAUGCCGGGAGCCUUCUCGGAAAGUAACAUUGGCUUUCAGCAGAGUGCCUCCCUGCCGCCAUACUUCUCUCAAGGUCCAGGCAACAGGCCACCUCUCAGAAGUGAAGGCAGAAACUUACCCUUGCCUGUUCCAAACAGGCCUCAGCCUCCAUCUCCUGGGGAAGAAGAGACACCCUUAGAUGAAGAGUGGUAUGUCUCUUAUAUCACCCGACCAGAGGCAGAAGCUGCUCUGAGGAAGAUAAACCAGGAUGGCACCUUCCUGGUUAGAGACAGCUCUAAGAAGACAGUGAACAAUCCGUAUGUCCUCAUGGUGUUGUACAAAGACAAAGUUUACAACAUCCAAAUCCGCUACCAGGAGGAAAGUCAAGUCUACUUGUUGGGCACUGGACUUCGAGGAAAAGAGGACUUCCUGUCUGUAUCAGAUAUUAUUGACUACUUCAGGAAAAUGCCACUGUUGCUCAUUGAUGGAAAGAACCGAGGGUCCAGAUACCAGUGCACACUAACACACGCUGCAGGCUGUCCGUAGCAAGUUAGCCAAGAAAUGAGCCUUUCUGACUCUGUGGUCACUGCGGCGAAAUCACGUGACCUUAGCAAAUCGCCGAGCACUUAGCAGUAGAGCAGACUGUUAACUCGGGCCCAGAGUUCUGCCCUGCCCUUUUAAAGUAUCUGAAGAUUGUUGAAUACCACACGAUUUAUUUAUUUUCUUUGAUGUUUAUAGAGUAUAGAAGUGAUCAUGUUCACAUUUGAAGUCUAAGAGUGCAUGGCAGACAUGAGAUUUUGAACAUCCAUCCCAAAAUACAGUACUUGAUACAGUACAGAAAUAAUAUGGAGCAAGCUGAAAAAGUACUGAAACUGAUCAUUUUUGAUAUAUUUUAUAAUGAAACUUUUGUCAGGCUGAGGCAUGAUCUGUUUUUUACACAACUUAAAAUGAUUAAAAUUCAUUUUGGAGCAGCAAUAACUUAAGAGGCUCCAAAAAUAGAACUCCAUUGUUUCUUAUUUGGUUUUAUAGGGUGUGUUUUUAUGUGUUCCCUUUCGUAAUGAGAUUAAUGCAUGUUGGGAUAACUUCCUGGGAUUAAAGUUAUCGUUUGCUUUACUCUUUUUGAUCAUUAAGACAAUGUUGUUUGGUCCUUGCUGUUAUAUUUUUAAAGCAAAUGUAAGCUACCUUUCUGAACAUACAAGAAGGAAAUAGGCUUAGGUUCAGUGAUGCAGCCUUGCUGUUGAACAUGCUGGGCUUCCUGUUGCUUCUCUAUCCCAGUCCCUCAUGUCUCCAUCCACAGUGGCCUCCAUUCUAGUACUGAAGGUCUCCUGGGAAGAUGAGCAAUGCUUGGUAAACACACACACACACACACACUUACUUCCAGCCCACCUUCCUACUAGAUGCUACUUGUAUUUGCUGGCCUUCAGUUAGACAAUUUGACUUUCUGGAAUGGUCGCCUGUUCCUGUUCCUUUGGGCCUGCAACAGUUCAUAGAGGAUCUUGAAGUGAGAAUGUGAGGACAUCCGUUCACUUCAUGGUGACUGGGAAACAAAAGAAAGGACAAGAAGCACAUUUCCCUCCAUGUCUUACACCUUCCGCCUAACUGGGCUUCAUCUCCUAAGGUUCCACCACUGCCCAGUGCUGCCCUGGUCGGGGGCAGGGGGCCAAGCCUCUAACAUGUGGGCCUUUGGAGAAUUCUAUCCAAACCUCUGCUCUGGUUUUCUGUUUUAUUAGCCCAACAAGUAUGUUGCAAAACUGCUGUCUUGUCCUCAGAUUGGCUUUUAAACCCUUUGAAGCACCUCAGAUCUCCUUCAAUUUUGAAAUCACACUUAACAGAAGGCAGAGAGGGAUUUCUGGCCUCUGUUGGUCUAACUCGCCAUUUUUGACUUUAUGAUGGCGUGGAAGUGAUGCCUGCUAAGCACGAACUGUACGUCAAAGUUUGAAUUUUGCUUUUCUGGGGCUAGCAGCUGAUGCUAGGAAAUGUGAGAGUCUUGGCUAGCAUAUGAUCACCAAGGCACACAUCAGUACUUUACAUGUUUUAUGUUGAAGCUGGUUUUUUUCUUUUUGGGGAGGGGCUGCUAUGAACACUCAAUAAAUUAAAUAAUACAUUCC